AAUAUAAAAAGUAUCAUUGCAACUACGACUAUAAAAUUUUUUGUAGAUAAAAUUUAAGGGAAAAAAACUAAAAUUUCUUAGAGAAAACCCCAUAAUUAAAUAUAAAUCAUUUAAAAUAUUAUAAAACAGUGUUUAUGUCAUAUAGUAAUAAAUAAAAACUUAAUUAAACAUAGAAAGAAUAGAUAUUUUAAAAGAAAUUUGUUAAAUGAAAACAGCCUGUAAUCACAAAUGUUAACACGAUUAACUACGACAACCAUUACAAAAAUACGAGGAAAAUAGAAAUAUAACAAAAAUUAUAAAAAAAGAAAACAGUUUUUUAGCAGCAAGAAAAUUAAAGAAAAUGUUUAAAUUAAUAAUUUAUUCUAUGAUUUAUAUAGCUGAAUAAUACAUACAAAAUAAUAAAUAGAUUACAAAAGUAAUUUAUUAAUUAAAAUAAGAACAUUUUGCUUUUAUAAAAGAAAAAAUUAAAACGCUGCUUUUGUUUUCAAAGCAGCGACGUAGACGUUUUAUACAAAAAAAAGUGACAACAACAUAAUACCACCACCAUAAAUAAAGAAAAGAAGAAAAAAACAAUACACAACACAAUAACAAUUUGGUCAUAUGAAACGUCAGCGUAGAACAUAUGAUGCUGCUGCUUUAGUAUAAAAAAAGAAGAAAAUUGGUCUGUCAUCUCUACGAACGUGUUUUAAUAAUAACAAUACCAUUUUCAAUGUAAAAGCACAAUAAGACUUUACAAUUAGUUAACAAGAGUUUCGUUUCACAUUUGGUUUUAAUAAUUUCUACGCCACCAUCAACAACAACAACAACAAUUAAAACAACAAUAAUUACAAUAACGGUUUUAAUAACUGCCAAUAACUAUUAGAGGAGUCCAGAAUAGGACAAUUUUCUAAAACUACACAAUACCAAAGUCCAAUGUCUAAUAAAAUAAAUCCUAAACGACGUGAAACACCAACUGGUACUGCUACAGGCAACUCUAGUACUAGCAAUACAUCAGCCAAUACAUCAUCAUCGUCUAGUUCGUCAUUGUCGUCCGCCGGUGGCGGUGAUGUCGGUAUGUCGACCGAUCUAACAUCAUUAUUUGAAUGCCCGGUGUGCUUUGACUAUGUUCUGCCACCCAUAUUACAAUGCUCCAGCGGUCACUUGGUCUGUGUCUCGUGCCGUUCCAAGCUCACCUGCUGUCCCACAUGUCGUGGCCCACUCGCCAAUAUACGCAAUUUGGCCAUGGAGAAAGUGGCCUCGAAUGUCAAAUUUCCCUGCAAACAUUCGGGCUAUGGCUGUACCGCCUCAUUGCUCUACACCGAGAAAACAGAACAUGAAGAGACCUGCGAAUGUCGACCCUAUUUGUGCCCUUGUCCAGGUGCCUCCUGCAAAUGGCAGGGACCUCUCGAUCUAGUCAUGCAACAUUUAAUGAUGUCACACAAGAGUAUAACAACACUACAGGGGGAGGAUAUAGUAUUCUUAGCCACAGAUAUUAAUUUACCCGGGGCCGUUGACUGGGUCAUGAUGCAGUCAUGUUUUGGUCAUCAUUUCAUGUUGGUGCUAGAGAAACAGGAGAAAUAUGAUGGUCAUCAGCAAUUCUUUGCCAUUGUGCAGUUAAUAGGCUCCCGCAAAGAAGCCGAGAAUUUUGUUUAUCGUUUGGAAUUGAAUGGCAAUCGCCGACGUUUAACCUGGGAAGCUAUGCCACGUUCCAUACAUGAAGGUGUGGCCUCAGCCAUACACAAUUCCGACUGUCUGGUCUUUGACACCUCGAUUGCCCAACUAUUUGCCGAUAAUGGUAAUUUAGGCAUCAAUGUUACCAUUUCAAUUGUAUAAUAACAACAACCACAACAAUAUUAAAAGUGAUUAAGGAAGAAUUUAAUUUAAUAAAUCAUCCAAAAAUUGGAGAGAGAUAAAUGAGAAGUAUAUAUAUAAAUAUUAAUAUAAAUUAUAAAAUAAAAUUAUAAUAAUUAAAAAAAGAAAUAUAUAAAUUUAAUUAAAUAACAUGCUUGGCUCAUGGUUUAUAUAUGUAUAAGAAGACACAAUACAUUAUAUACAUAUACAUAUACAUAACUACUUGCCGUAUAUAACAUACAAGAUUAUGUGAAAGCAAACAAUCAUCAAUUUAUUUGUUAAAAUCUUUAAUUUUCUUUCUAGAAAUUCUAUAAUAAUUUUAUGUAUAAAUUAGAAAAGUUUUUAAAAAACUUUUCUUUCCUUUUUUUCAUCUUUGUUUUGAAAAGUUUUAUUAAUAUUUUUGAGUUUACUACUAAUAUACUUUAGAAUUUUUCUUUUUAAUUUUAAUAUUUAAAUGGAAUAGUUUACGUUUUGUAUAUUUUAAAAACAAAUUGCUUAAAUAUCAAUUACAUCUUCAAUUCUAUAAAAAAAAUAAUUAAUGCAAAACGAUUUAGUGUUUUGUUACAUUUUACUUUCUAAGAAAUAAAUAUCUAACAGUUUUCUUAUGAUUCGACACUUUUUCGUUAUUUAGUAAAAACUAUUAUAUUUAAGUAAAUAAUAUUUGGGAAUUCUUUCUUAAAUAACUAGUUCCAGAAGUAGUACCGCUUUAGAUUAUUAGACAGCUUCUUUGAAACUUAAAUAUUGUUGUAAUUCUAUAGAAAUUCUAAAACGUUUUCUAGAAACUUAUUUUUGGUAGUUAGUUCUAAGUCUAAUACUACCCUAGUUUAAUAGAACUAAUCUAAAAACUAUUCCUAAGAACGUGUACUUGUUCUCUAAAGCUCGUCCUGGAUCUAGGUUCGAUAAUGACUAUUUCAAACAAACAAAAAUAUUGCUUAAAGAACACUAGAAUUGUUCUAUAGAAUCAAUAUUAAAGCUAUAUAAGUCUAAUGAUUUUGAAAAUGUUGUUUUAGAUUUUCUUUCGGCCUUUUGAAACAGGCAGUUUAUAUUGUAUCAGGUUGGUAGGUUUGGCUACUGUUAGAAAGCGACAAAUGGAAACAGAAAACAAAACCAGGAAUAGAGAGUUGAAGGCGUAAGCUAAUGAAGGAUAUUUAUAAAGAAACGGUGUUGAUGGAAGGGAGAGAAAUAAACAAAGAGUCAACGACGCUUAUGGACAUCAAGCGGUUACCAUUAGCCAACCAAUUACACUGCCUUAUGAAGUCCUACAACAACAGUUCUACAAGUAAUGUUUGUUCAAUCGACUCCUCCUUUUUGUCGUGACAACAUCUAUAGUAGUCGUUAUUAGGAAUUCUAAGUUUAAAACGAGUUUGUUUUAGGAUAUAUGCUGUCCGUUGCCUAUCCAAUCUUGUGCAUUUCCAAUUCACUGCCCUUUUUAUGACCGAAAGUUAAGUUGAGUGAAAGGUAUCUGUAGUACUUUUCUUUUAUUACACAUAUUGCCUAUCUAAAGAACAUACCGUCUGAGAUAUAACUGAAAAUAUGUAAAGGAAAAAUUAUGGAAUUUUUUCGGAAUUUUGUUCAUAUUAAUGGAUUGAUUUUGAUAAUUUUAAAGAGCAAACCUGGUAGAAUGUACCAAGAUUUGGAUACAAAAGAAGUCUAGGAAUCCAAAUUUAUAUUCUGCAAACAGACUGACAUUCUGUCCGGUCAAUUGGAACUUCGUUUCGAAAAGGGCCGUGUCAUACUCGAACAAAGAUUGCCAACUUAGCUGUAUUAAUCGAAAGUUUCCGCUAAGAAAGAACUAUUGGACAUAGUCUAACCGGUACAACAUAUACAGCCCUAUAGCCAAUCAACAUUUUAUGUGAAAUAUUUUCACUUUUUCUGUUCACUAACUUUUUAGAUAUGAAAAAUUUUUCCGCUGUUGUGAAAUUUUGUAAACACUAAACAGCUGUUGCUAGCAAAAUCAACUAUUGUGAAUGAAUUUUAGAAUUUUCGCAUCGAGGGGAAUUAAAAUUUCACUACAAUUGGCGUUAGGGGUGAUUAACAUUCUGAAAUCGAUAGAUACAGGAUUCAGAAUAUAACUCUAACAAACUUCAGGAAUAUUAAAAGUGAAUUGUGACUUUUUGCAUUCGGCGAUAGGGGUGAUUGACAUUCUGAAAUCGAUAGAUUCAGGAUUCAGAAUAUAACUCUAACAAACUUCAGGAAUAUUAAAAGUGAAUUGUGACUUUUUGCAAUCAAAUAAAAUUAAGCGGAAAUUUAAAACAUUUCGAAAGAAAGAUGUGAUAAAUCUAGGAUCGAAUGAUAGCAUUCGAUAGCGAAUAAUAAAUCUAAAACAUUUUAGCUUAAUUUUAAUAACGAAUUGCGUUUUCGUUACUAAAGCUUAUUCGAUUAAGAGUAUCUUAAUGCGACUCCGGAAUAAUAGAUAUUCUGAAAUUGAAUUAUUACGAAUUAAAAUUGGAAAUUUCAGAAAUAUACUUCAAACAUGCGGAAAAUCAGCUGAAAAUUUUCUAAAAAUACUAUUGGACAAGCUAAUGAAAUAAUCGGAAUCUGAUGUUUGAUCGGAAUAGAUGUUUCAGAAGUUGAAAUGCGGAUUUCAGAAUUAUAACUGGAAUCUGGAAAAUUCGAUAGAAAUUUUCAUAGAUACAAUACGAAAACGAUAACGAAGUCUUUUGUUAAAAUUACUAAAAACAGUUAUUUAAUACUUUUAUUUAUAAAUCUUUAACUAAUGGUAACUAUUAAAUGUUUUCUUAAAUUUUUUUAUAAAUUCUAACCCAACUUUUUCAUACUAACUUACUUUUUAAACAUUUUCGAUGGCAGUUAGAAAGAAAUUAUUGUUAUAAACCUAAAAAUGAACUGAUUUUGUUUAAUAAUUCUAAUAUUUACAUAGUCUUCCUAUGUAAAUUCAAGCAAGCAUAGCAAAUUUUGAUAUUUUUAAAAUAAAUUAAGAUGUUUAAUUAAAAAAAUCUUAAUUUUAAUUAAUUUUUUUGUUUGUUUUAUUUUAAAUAAACUAUCUUUUGGUUGUUUAACUAAUUUUAUGUUUAUUUAACUUUAUAAAAUAAUAGAAUUUAAUGUAAAUUAAAUAAGAUUUGUUUAAAUGUUUUAAUUAUUUUCACUAUAUCCUCGAAUAUACACAAUAUAGACAUUUUACUUUUUUAAUUAAUAAAAAAAAAAAUAAUAAUAAUUUGUUUUUUUAAUUAAAAAAAUAAUUAAAAAUAACUAUAUUUUUAAUUAAUUUAAUAACAAAAAAAUUAUGUUUAUAAAACAAAUUUUAAAAUUUAAAUUUAUAAAAAAAAAAUUAAAUAUAACAUGAAUGAAUGUGACAAAAUGGUGUUAAAAAUUGAAAGAUUUGUUCACAACUACUGGACAAACUUGAUUCUUAAUUUUAAUAUUCUACACUUACACAAAAAAGAGAGAGAUAUAUUAUAAAAUUAUAUGAGAAAAAUACAUAGUUUUAAUAUUAUAUUGAAAACAGCAACAAUUUAUCUAGUAUUUAAAAUUAUAAGCUAAAAAAUGGCAUACACACAAAUAAAAAGAUAUAAAAAAUAUAUAUAAACAUAAAUAUAUAUUUUACCCUAGGUUAGUUGAUCUCUAAAUAAUAAUACCAUGAUAAUUAAUAAA